AUGUCAAUCUCAGUCAGAAUGGCUAAAGCUAAAGAAAACCUCAAGGAUCUACAUGAGAAAACAAAUGAAGCCUGCAAACGCAUUAAGGAGAGGAUAAAGGAAAAUCACAAAUCUAUAAACAUUUGUGGUAUUGAAAUAGAUAGCAGUGAUGUUUUGAGCUUGAUUUUAAUUUUUACACCAAUAGUGCCAAGCAUUCUUGGAUUUAAUAAUUCUUACGUUCCUACAACUAUUUCAAUUAUUGGAUAUUUAGUUGCAAUCAUUUUUUCAUUGUAUCAAGGCAUCACGAAGCUCUACAACUCAUACGUAAAGUAUAAAGAGACGCAUAGCAUAUGGGAACUCCUUGGGUUUAGGAACCUAAUGCUGCUCUUUCAAGUGGCUUUUGGAAUGUUUUUAUCGCUACAUCUCCUUCAUAUAACAGAUAAACACCGUACAGAAAGCAUAGGGACUUAUGGGCUGAUGAUCUCCCUAGUAUACAUAUCCAAGCUGGCGUGGAAGCUGUCGAACUUUUCUAUCAAGAAAGAUGACUUCUACCAGUUUCUUAUCUUAUUGAUAGGAUUGGUCUUGAUUCUUUUAGCAACAUCCAUUGCAUGGAAAGAAGUAACCACGUCUUACAUUGUUGUUUCUGCAUUGCUUUCCUCUAUGAUGAUACUUAGUGAUCACAUAGGAGAACCCAUCACAGAGAAAUUGGAUGAGACAGAACCUCUUUCGGCCAUCGCAGCACUUCUCCCUAUCUUUACUGUGAUAUAUGUCACAGCUAAUACAAUUCAGAAAUUCAAGAUUCCUUUUCAAGGAUCACAGGUCGUAUGA